UGGUGAGAGGCGUGAUGGAGUGGAUGGGUGACGGCCUGUGACUGGAUUUCUUUUUCCCGAAUUAAUAAUCCUCAGGUCCCUGGAAGUUCUGGCAGAGAUAAUUAGUUUCUGUUUUUGAUUUAUGUUUGUUUUUGUUUAAUUCUGACAAGAUGGGAAGUAGUGGGAGCACCAAACGCGUUUCUUUUGAAGCAGAUGAGAAUGAUCAGAUCACAGUGGUGAAGGGCAUUAGGCUUUCUGAUAGUGUCAUCAACCGUAUGCGGGAUACUUCUCCAUCUGCCGAAAAGUCACAACCGUCUCCUCCAGAACAACCUUCAAGUGGAACUUCUCCGCCUUCUCCAGUCCAACCAAUAGUUACUAAUGAGGAGGUCAGAAAACAAAUUUCCCAAGAGCUGGCUCAAGAACGGGCAAGACAAGAUUUGAACUUGCAGAAGAGGCUUGAACAUGAUAAACGAUAUGUUCACGAUGAGAUCAGUAAAAUUCUUGAACGUGAGCGAGAUGCUGCAAAUGAUAGCCUUGUAAAAGCUGUGUUGCGGGAGAGAGCACUGACUGAAGAGGAGCGACUGAAAUCCAAGCACGCAACCAAGCAAUUGAAAGAAAAGGAGGAAGAACUACUGAAACUCAAUGCUUACUAUAAGGAGCAGGUGACCAGACUGGAAAAUAGGAGUGCCGAGUUCUACAAGCUGACCACCGAAGAAUACCAGAAAGCAGUUAGUGAAGUAGAGUCCAAGUUCAAGAGGUACAAGUCUCGACCCAUCUGUGCUGAGCUCCAGGAGGAUGUCCUCCGCUGCUAUCGACAGUACCCAGACCAGACUCUCAGCUGCUCUGCAUUGGCCAAGCAGUAUGUUCACUGCAUUAACUAUGCCAAACAGAGCCUUCUGGGCAAAGGAGGUUAAAAUAGUCUCCUGUCUCAUCAAAAAGCCCUCAUCAUCUAUUUCGACAACGGAUCACCUUUCAGAAGUAAUCAAAGAAACUCGACGAAAGCAUCAGGACAUUAUGGGAAAGAGGAAACAAAGGGCCAUUAUCACCACAGCAACAGCAGCAGCAAGCACCCUAAUUUAAUUGGUUGGGAUGUGUUUGGCAUGGUUGUGAAUGCCUUAACGACUUGUCAAGCUUCUAGUCCUACCAAGAAUGUGUUCAGCUUUUCUGUAAUUGUUCUGUCCUAUGACAUUAUAUGGAAUAUUUUUGUUUUGUUUAAUAUGAGGCCUUUGAAACAUUCUAACAAUAAUGUGAUUAAAUCUGUCUUUCAAGGAUCAAAAUGAA